GGGGUCACUGGCGACUACUUCCGGGUGAGUUUUUUUUUUUUGUUGCAACGGAGUCCACAGCAGCAGCAGCUACGACUUGAACGACGGAGUCUUCUUAGGAAUUAAUAUUUAAGCUAAACCUAUUAGCCAGACUCAAAAACAUAUUCGAGCGGUUUCAAGUGUCAUAUUCUCAGGCAUUUUUUCUCCAACUUUGCGCCCUGGACAGGGUGCCACCGCAAGCCCAAAUACAUGUCGCUGGACUUCCUACCCGAGUGCGCUGCUAGCUAGCUAACAGUAGCAGGCUAGCUAACGACAAUCAUUUCUACAGUAACGUACAUGUAGCGAGACGGGAUUUCACGUCUUUUCUAAACCAACUGACCAUUGUUAAAUAACUUAUUAUCGCCACUCAAGCUUGCUGUUUGAUAUUGUACUUAUGUUGGCUUAUCGUAUUCGUUUACGUUAGUAUUGUGAUGAACACUGGGGCCCAACUUAGCUGGUUAGCAUCUAGGCUAACUAGCUAACUUAUCUUGCUUAUACCAGAGGGGUCUGUCAAAUUCAAUUAGCUUGCCCAGCUCUCGGCCUCGUGAAUAGCUUUUUAAACCAUUUCUCGAUUUGAGUUACUAGCUAGCUGUCCGAUAUUGAAUCCUUAUUGCCAAUUGUGUUAGUCUACCUCGUCCUCUUUCCCCUUUCUCCUGUCGCCUCCCUGAAACUGGCGGUCCACCAUAGCAUCUUGCCAAACAGGCUGUUCAGGUGCAUCAGGCACUCGCUCAUCGUAGCUUUGACAAUCCGCACAGCAAGUGCUGCCGACUGCGGUCACCACCUACGGACGAAAGUAGCCCAAACCAAUGUUAGGCCAUCUUACACGGAGUUAACUAAAUCUAGUGUCCCCGAAAGUCGGUGCCCUGCCUUCCAAUUUCGCGCCAAGAAGAGUAGUAUUGUUGUGGAAGGUGAGCCCCAUCAGCACCGGGCGUCCAAGCUCGCGAUGCCCCCUCCUACGGUCAGCAGUAAAGCUCGGGUCUACACCGAUGUCAACACGCAGAAGACCAGGGACUACUGGGACUACGAUGCACACGUGCCAAGCUGGAGUAACCAGGACAACUACCAGCUGGUGCGUAAGCUGGGCCGGGGUAAAUACAGCGAGGUGUUUGAAGCGGUCAACGUCAGUAACAAUGAGAAAGUGGUGGUUAAAAUCCUCAAGCCUGUCAAGAAGAAGAAGAUCAAGCGAGAGAUUAAGAUCCUGGAGAACUUGCGUGGUGGAACCAACAUCAUCCGCCUGGUGGACACAGUGAAGGAUCCUGUGUCUAGAACGCCGGCACUUGUCUUUGAGUGCAUCAAUAACACAGAUUUUAAGGAACUUUACCAGAAGUUAACAGACUUUGAUAUUCGUUUCUAUGUGUAUGAGCUUCUCAAGGCUCUGGACUACUGCCAUAGCAUGGGGAUCAUGCACAGGGACGUCAAACCACACAAUGUCAUGAUCGACCACCAGACGAGAAAGCUGCGUCUCAUAGACUGGGGUCUGGCUGAGUUCUACCACCCAGCUCAGGAAUACAACGUCAGAGUGGCCUCCCGUUAUUUUAAAGGACCGGAGCUGCUAGUGGAUUAUCAGGUUCUUGGGACAGAUGGGCAACUACGAUCAGCUGGUCCCUCCCUGUUUCUUGGGACAGAUGAGCUGUUCGGCUACCUACACAAGUACCACAUUGAGCUGGACACGCGUUUCAAAGACCUCCUGGGACAACAGCAUCCAUGGGAGCAGUUUGUUCAGACAGAGAACCAGCACCUGGUGACCCCUGAGGCCCUGGACCUGCUGGACAAGCUGCUGUAAGAUACACCACCAGCAGUCUGACCUGCUGAGGCCAUGCAGCAUCCAUACUUCUAUCCAGUGCUGAAUGAACAGACCAUCUCCAACACAGACACCAAGGCAAUAAGUGGAUCCAAUGCAACAUGAUGGACAGAGAGGAGGAAAACCUUUGUUACCUCAACUUGUGACCCUUUCGUGGCAGAAACGAUCUGCCUCCAAGUCUACAGCCAUACUGGAGCAAGAAGUCAACUUGCAACACACACAACACUCUUGGAUUAAACCUAAAUCUUUCACAACGUGGGUUCUAGCGUUGCUUGGCCCCAGUCACACACAACGUCUCAGAUCCAAGCUAUGAGGUGUGAUAUUGCCUCCUAGAACUGCCCCCCACCCCGAAAUCCCUGCCCGCUCCCACCCCAGCUCAACUCCCCUGUUUUCAAAUAAGCUGAUGUCAGAUGUGAUACAGAGACUGACUCCAGGUCAGUUUGGCACUGGUGUUGUGUUGUGAGAUGUGUGUUGGUCAGUAUGGAGCUGCACUGGCCUGGGGUCAGAGCUAUAAUAGCACUGAGUGGCAUGGAGGCUCUUUUCUGCUAUGGAUAGAACAAAUACUAUAUUAAAGAGAAUAAACCAUUUUUAUUUAAA